AUGACAACAAAGGUUGUUAAGUAUGUAGGACGUACAACAGAUUUCAAAGGGAAGACCUUAUGGGAAAUCGUUGGUAGUUUAAAAAACUUUGGGGUAGGGAGGCUUAUUACUCGCCAAGUAUUCCAGCGAUAUCCCGAACCCACUUUUAUGAAAAUUGUUAAAGUGGAAACUUGUCCAGAUGAGGAGAGAAGAAGAGUGCGUGUGUGGGUGGAAAAAACAUUUCGUGGCCGGAAGCUUCCACAGUUAACAGAAAUUUACCGCACAUCUUAUAAACCAGAUUAUCAGCUAGUACAUAAAGAUGAGGAAGAAAAAUUGCUGCAAGCUGCUGCUACUGUUAAGCACAAGUCUGACAUCCUUCCAAAUUCAAUAGAAAUGCCACCACUUAUGAAGAGAUUUAUAAUGAGAGAUCAUGAAAAAAAGGGAGUACAGCCUAUGAAGGAGUACGUUAUGCCACUUAGCUACAAGCAUUCUCCAAAUAGAGUGGAGAGAAUAGCAGAAGGCGAUGAGAAGCCUACAAUUGAGUUUACUAUGGGUUUAGGUACACCUGUAAGCCCAACUUUAUAUGAGGGCAUUCCGUUACAGUAG